AUGUUCCAAAAUACAUUUGGGCUAAAUGCAAGCAACACAGGUAAUCAACAUAGUAGUUCAAAUAUGUCACCUUCAGGUUCGGACUGGACCCAAAACAAUGGAAUCCUCGUGGAAAUUACGGGCUGGACAAAUGCUGAUGAAAAGGAUCUGUCAUCAUUCAUUCAUAGGAAGACGAAAAUCAAUAUUAGGAUCAUCCAAGCAGAUCGUAAAACCGGAAUCUUAAAAGCGUCGGUGAAAACAGAUGGAGAUGCAAACACUUUGAGCAAGUGCAAUGGGAUCCGAUUUGCAGGCAACAUUCUAAGAGUAAAAGUUCUCUCUUCGCCGGGAACUACACUAGCCGCAGGGGGAAAUAGCACUGUGGCAUUAAUCAAAUCUGCUCUUUCCUCAAGGUAUGACUCUACAUCUAGAUUACUUAAUUUAGAUGGCAUACGCAAUGAUGUUAAUCCUGAGCUGCGUGGAGUUCUCUCAAAUUCUCAAACUGCAUCUAAGUUCUUUUUAGCAAUGUUGAAGAUCGCUCUUCAGGAACAAUAUAAAAUUGACUCGUUGAAUCUAUCCAACAAUAAUUUAGGAAACAACUCAAGAGAUCUCAUCGAAAUGGCAGCCUCUUUACCAGAUUUGCAAAACUUGGCAUUAUCGAAUAACAACAUCACCAAGCUUGACGCCCUAGAAAAAUUGAAGAAUAAGUUGCCUCGCUUACGGGAGCUUUGGAUAACAGGUAACCCGGUAGAUAAUCCUACAUCGACUGGAGAGAUCAUCAAAUUUUUUCCCCGUCUUACCAUAUUGAAUGGGUUACCGGUGAGAGACGAAAGUAAACUCACUAAAUUGCUUUCUUUUCCUAUUCCGAAUCAGAGUUCGUUUUUUGAAUCAUCAGAUUUGCAAAGGGUCUCAAUAGAGUUCACAACGACUUACCUCAGGUUAUGGGAUCAUGAUCGCACGAGCCUAAUUAGCCUGUUUUCUCCAGAGUCUCAAUUUUCGUAUCAUUUCGACACUACUCAUAUUGUGGAUGCUCCUAUCGCUUCCAUAGACUCUAAGGUACCUAGGAUGCCACAUUCCGUCGCCAGCUCUUGGGGCUCAUAUAUCUCCAACUCAAGAAAUCUGAUGCGAGUUUCUGGAUUGAGGCCCCGGAUGUCCAAAGUAUUCAAAGGUGGAGAGCAAAUAAUCCAAGCCUUUCGAUCGCUACCUGGAACAAAGCACGAACUUGAAGAAAAUCCACAAAACUACUCUAUUGAGGUUGUUUCGGUGCCCACUUUAAAUGCCAUGCAAAUAUUGAUUCAUGGUGGGUUUAAAGAAGUUUCGCCUCCAGUCGCUACUGGUAAAGACUCUAAUUCUAGGCAGGGGAAUCGAUUUGGAGCUCCGAGUGCAAGUUCUCGCACUUCUUUGGAAACACGCUCUUUCGAUAGGUCACUAAUGGUGAUAGCUGGUCCCAAUGGAUCUUAUAUUGUGGCUUCUGACAUGCUACUGCUCAAGCCAUUUUCAGGUUUAGGAGCUUGGUGCCCGAAAUUUUCUCUCGACCCAAUUCCAUCUUUUUCUAGUCCCUCGAAUGAACAAGUUGCAACAAAUGCAGUGGAUCCAAUUUCAAUUCCGUCAGACAUCGCGGCGAACUUGAACAUCACACAGCAGCAACUUUUAUGCAAGAUAAUGACCGAAACUAACUUGGUUCUGCAAUACUCUUUAUUACUUUGUGAGCAAAGUAACUGGGAUUACGGAACUGCUUUAAUGAACUUCCAAAAUUCCAGAUCUCAAAUCCCAAGGGAAGCUUUUCAUUCAUAG